GUAGUUAUCAGCUGUUGUCAGGUGUGAGACAUAUAGUGUUUUGGGGUAUAGUUUGGGUGUAAAACAGGGAUAACAUUGAAAGCAAACAAUAAAUAAGUGAAACAAAAAUAUUUCACUUUUCAGAGGAAAUUGUUUUCAUAUUUAAUGUCAAAUAUUUAUUAUUUGUAAUUAUUGUCAUUAUUACCGAAGUUGGCCACCAAAACACCCGAACUAUGUCAAUGUCAGAAGUGGUCAGACUGUUGACCAAUGCUAAAUACCGAUAUGUGGAUCAAAGCAAACGGGACGUAAUGUCGGCCAUCAAUAUGUACAAGAAUUUGUCACCAAAAGGGGAAAAGUAUGUCUUUCCAAACGGCAAUCAACGAGAUCUGGUGUGUCUGACGGGUACAAUACCCGUCCCCUAUAGGGGCGCUGUCUAUAAUAUUCCGGUCAGCAUUUGGUUAACCGAAUCGCAUCCGUACGACGCGCCCAUCUGUUAUGUGAAACCUACCAAAGAUAUGACUAUCAAAGUGUCCAAACAUGUUGACCAAUCGGGUCGCAUAUAUUUGCCAUAUUUAAGUGAUUGGAAGUCCAAUACAUCGGACCUCUUGGGUGUCAUUCAAGUGAUGAUUUGUGUAUUCGGUGAGACACCGCCUGUCUAUUCAAAGCCGAAAAAUGUCGGCCAAACUGGUGAGCCAUCAUUUGUAGGUCAGACGAGUACCGGAAUUCCUCUCUUUUCAAGUCCUAACUGUUAUCAACCAAUGCCGCGUAUUCCAAACCCAACGGGAAUGCCAACCACAUCGACUCCAUAUCCCGCUCAAUACCAACCCCACACUCAGUAUCCUUUUACGACUCCUCCAUAUCCCACAGCAACCGGUCCACAGCCUUAUAUACCGAGCACGACAUCCAAUACUCCAUACCCGCCUUAUUCCCAAAGUUAUACCACACCGACUCAAUCGCAGCAAUUAAGUCCCGGAGGAACGGGAACUAUAACUGAGGAACAUAUUAGGGUUUCAUUAAUCAGUGCUAUUGAAGAUGCAGUUAAACAAAGAGUUAAGGAAAAGAUGGCUCAAAAUCAGGCAGAAAUGGAUGUCCUCAAGAAAACAAGCGAAGAGUUGACAAAAGGUAAGCAUAGAUUAGAAGAUAUUAUGAGACGAAUGGAGGACGAGAUGAUAGAAAUAAAUGACUCAAAACAAGAAUUGAGUACAAAGAACGCUCAGUUAUUGGAAGUAAUGGCCAAAUGUGACGACAAGGAAAAGAAUAUAGACAUCGAUGAAGUGUUUGGUCCGACACAACCAUUAUAUAAGCAAUUAUUGAACUCUUUUGCUGAAGAGAAUGCUAUUGUCGAUGCCAUCUAUUAUUUAAGCGAAGCCUUACGUAAAGGUGUCAUCGAUUUAGAGCUAUUUUUAAAGCACGUAAGGGAACUGUCGAGAAGACAAUUCAUGUUAAGAGCACUGAUGCGAGUCUGCAGAGAGAAGGCUGGACUACCCGUCUAAUCGACGAUAAUGUGGUCUUAUUUAUUGCAAACACUUAUAGAGAUAUUGUAUUACUUUUACAUUAUUUAAAUUGUUUUACAAAAAAUAGGUAAUUAUUAAUAAAAGUU